AUGGAGACAGCUGGAGACUGUAGGAAGACACAUGCCAGAGUGAGUCUCAAACCCCUGACACACCUGCAAGAGGUAGAACCCCAUGUGGCAAAGCGGCGCUUGUCACAGGCACGUCACCGGGCUACACUGGCAAGACUCUUCAGCGGCUUGCGGGAAGCUGUUUUAUUCCAGUCAGACAACUCAGCCUCAAAGUAUCAGGUUUUGCGUAAGGCUAAGAAAUCUAUCCAGAAGCUGGAGCAAACCUUGGGUUCUUUGCUGAAGAUGAAAGAGUCCUUCAGUCUGGAGGAUGGGAACCCGUCCAGCUUGGAGGAAGUCAGGGAGGAAUAUGUCAAGAGGUACUUCAGCAAUCACAGCACUGCAUCAGCCUCGGAAGCUGUGAGUGAGAGUGACUCUACCGUCUGGUAUUUGAUUCAAGAAUGUGAAAAACAAACAAUGGAAGAGGAUGGGAAGCCAGAAUUUAUCCAGUCUCCGGACACUUCAUCCCCGGAUCUGGUGGAAUUUGAACGAUACCUGUAUUUUUAUAAGCACACAGUGGACCUGCUGAUAGAGCAUGGAAUUGUUUGCACUGAGGAGGUGCCUCUUCCUGAGGUCUCCACGGCUAUUUCCCACCUCUGGCAAGAGCUUUCUGAAGAAAGGAGAGACAGCAUCUUGCAGUACUGUAGCCAGAGAGAUUUCCUCGUGGAUCCUAAGGCUGCUUGCCAAGAGCCUGCGUGCACUGAAGGUAGUGUGAGGGACAGCCGAGGUAACAGUGAGGAAGCCAGUGGUUCCUCAGUCUCCACACCAGAGGAAGUAAUGUUUGAAGAUGCGUUUGAUGUUGCUGCUGGUUUUCUUGACAGAAGCGAGACUCAGGGAGUGUCUAGCCAGAGUUCAGCAUUUGCAAGCUGCACUUCUGAAAAUCCAGAGGACCACCACAGACUCUAUCUGCAGAUCACUGACUUCCUAAAAAGCCUCUUCUUUGCUAAUACACAGUUUUGCCAGGAAGAAGAUCUUCAGUUCGAUUAUGAGACUGUGAUGCUGAGGUGCACUGAGACCUUCGAUGAUGAAGAUUUCUAA